AAGCAUCUUCUUGAAACCCAUCUCAAUUCUCUCCUCUUGACAACAUGUGUUGCAACUACUAUGGCAACUCCUGUGGCUAUGGCUCCGGCUAUGGCUGUGGCUAUGGCUCCGGCUAUGGCUGCGGCUAUGGCUCCGGCUAUGACUGUGGCUAUGGAACUGGCUACGGCUGUGGGUAUGGCUGUCGGUUUGGCUCCCGUUAUGGCUGUGGUUAUGGAACUGGCUAUGGCUGUGGAUACAGCUCUGGCUCUGGCUACUGUGGCUACCAGCCAUUUUGCUUUAGAAGAUGCUAUUCUUCCUGCUAAAACAUCACUGUCAGACGACCAUUUGCUUCUAAAAUGACACGUCUAAAGAUAAUGCUGAUUCAAGGAUUCAUACUCCAAGAUUUCUAUAUCCAAGAAUUACAUGCUUGACAGAGUUUUG